GUUCAGCGUCGGGGCGAGUGGUCCGGAAUGCUCUUAAAAACCAGAGAGAAUCGAAUGGUUUUAACGAUGCAAGAGCUGCUCACUUGCAAAAGUCUGGGAUCAUGGCAGCUACGCACAGCGAGUACCGAGGAGGCUACCUGCGGAGCGACAUGGAGGCCGGGCAGCACCGCUUCCACCCGGGAUCCGAGCCCACUUACCGGCCGCUGCUCUUCGGGACCCUCGCUGUUAUGGGAUUGCUUCAAGUGGCCUCCAGCGUGGCGAUCCUAUUACACCUGACGGGAUAUCUGCAGGAGGUAGAUCUGUCCACGGCUCCUCACCGACCCAUACAGGAAGUGCAGACGGAGCCGGUGCUGGACGCUCUGAGAGACACGAGGAAAAAAGGACGCUGCAAAAAUCCAAAAGAGAGUCUGCCAUCAGCGCAUCUACCAAUCAAAGCACACCAGGAGUUCUCCAAGAAAGGCGAGCCCAAAGCCGUCACCAUCGACUGGGACGAGCUGCACGGAUACCGCAACAAGAUGGGCUACCAGAAGGGCAAGCUGCUGGUGGAGGAGGCGGGUUUCUACUACAUCUACGCCAAAACCUGCUUCCGCUACUACAACCUUGAGCUGGAGGACGGCAGCCAGGUGGACGUCAGCAACCGGCAGCUCAUCCAGUACGUGUACCACGAGAAGAUCAAACAGAACAGCAAGUCAGCGCUUCUGAUGAAGACGGGCAGCACCAUGCGCUGGAACAUCACCAGCUAUAACAUGUACUGCGCCCAGCAAGGAAGAGGGGUUCGUCUGGAGGAGGGGGACGCUUUGUACGUGACCGUGUCCAACGCCUGGGUGCUGGACCCCGAGGGAGAAGGGACGUAUUUCGGGGCGAUAAAGUUAGGUAAUUGAGAGUUAAGUUACGAGAGGAGCGGACUUGCUACUGAACAUUUGCCAAAGAACCACUGUUAGUGAUUUAUAAGUGUUGAUAAAAAGUGUCUUGUUGUUUUUGUACUUCACCAAAUAGCCUUGGAGCACUCGAUGAGAGAAGACAUGGUUCAGUCCCCGACACACAGCUCUUAAAUUCAUCUAAAAUAGCACUGGACUCUUUUUUUAAAAUUAAGUAUUGUGACAUUUCAAUACAUUUCAGCUCAGAUUACGACUUAAGCACCGAUGUGUUUAUGGACCAACUAAACAAACCACAAGGGAGAAACUUGGGAAGUCGGUUUGCUGGCGAGACGCAAAGUGAGGAAGGAUUUAUCAAUGUUGGAGAAAAUGUCCGGUAGAAACACGGAGCAUCUGCUUGUACUUAGCGGAUUAGAACAGAAUAAAAACAACAGGUUUGCACACGGCACUGAUCACAAACGUCUUCCUGAAGAGUUCUGUACGUGUGAACGAGGAAGUAGUUAGUCUCUGAUCGGAGUAACUAUCACAACAGGGGAUAUAUCCAGAGGUGGAAAAAGUAUUCAGAGUCUUUACUGGGGUACUAACUCCAAAAGUACUACAUCGACAAUGGUACUUAAGCAAAAGUAUUUAAUACUACUCUGAAAAUACUCAAUUUGAGGCAAAAGUACUGCAUCGACAAUGGCACUUAAGCAAAAGUAUUUAAUACUACUCUAAAAAUACUCAAUUUGAAGUAAAAGUACUGCAUCAACAAUGGUACUCAAGCAGAAGUAUUUGAUACCACUCUAAAAAUACUCAAUUUGAGGCAAAAGUACUGCAGUGAUGGUACUUAAGCAGAAGUAUUUAAUACUACUCUAAAAAUACUCAAUUUGAGGCAAAAGUACUGCAUCGACAAUGGUACUAAAGCAAAAGUAUUUAAUACUACUCUAAAAAUACUCAAUUUGAAUUAAAGUACUGCAUCGACAAUGGUACUUAAGCAGAAGUAUUUGAUACCACUCUAAAAAUACUCAAUUUGAGGCAAAAGUACUGCAGUGAUGGUACUUAAGCAGAAGUAUUUAAUACUACUCUAAAAAUACUCAAUUUGAAUUAAAGUACUGCAUUGACAAUGGUACUUAAGCAGAAGUAUUUGAUACCACUCUAAAAAUACUCAAUUUGAGGCAAAAGUACUGCAUCGACAAUGGCACUUAAGCAAAAGUAUUUAAUACUACUCUAAAAAUACUCAAUUUGAGGCAAAAGUACUGCAGUGAUGGUACUUAAGCAGAAGUAUUUAAUACUACUCUAAAAAUACUCAAUUUGAGGCAAAAGUACUGCAUCGACAAUGGCACUUAAGCAAAAGUAUUUAAUACUACUCUAAAAAUACUCAAUUUGAGGCAAAAGUACUGCAGUGAUGGUACUUAAGCAGAAGUAUUUAAGUAUGAUAAGGAUGAUGUGCUUAAAGUUUUAGAAGAAAAGUACUUGUUGCAGAAAAAACUCAUUAAAUAUUUACAAACUCUAAAGCAGAAGCAGUAAAUCUUCACAGUUAAGAAGCUGCCGAUUCAUUUUGUGUUAACCCACUCGUGCCAGUUUCCUAAAUGUAAUGUUGGAUGGUUUAAUCUUUACCAAAACAUCAUAAGAGUUUUUCCUAAUUAUUGUGUGUCAAAAUCUACAAGUAAAAAGUACAAUAUUGGCUUCCAAAAUGUAGUAUAUUAGAAGAAUAGGUAAAGUACAAGUACCUCAAACGUGUACUUGAGUGAAAGUACUUUCCACCACUGGUUAUAUCACUCUGAGAUUCACUGUUUUUUAGCAACAGAUCAGAUUUGUUUUGCUCCAAAAGCUCAUUUUCUCUCCACGUCUCAGUCUAAAGAGCGGCCUGCUUGAUUGAAGGCAAUUACACGACAAUGUCAUUUUGAACUAAGGAGGAAACGACAUGUGUUUGUGAUGUUUAUGACGAUUGAAAAAAGAAAAAGGGAUGCAGAUAGCUGGCCUGUCUGACCAUCAAUGACAUGAAUAGACUGUUGUCUUCUUAAACUAGAGGAGCCAAAUUGACUUUGGUUCAUCUUUUAACUUAAAUUUUGUUUUUCAUUUGGCUCUUCACCGAGGCAAAUGGGAAUAUGCACUAAAUAUUUAUUUAUUAGCUAUAGAAGUACAGAGACGGGUCAUUGUUAAAAUGACCUCUCGUCUGUGUGACAUCCAUUAUGCAGCACUUAGAGGAAAUAGUAGACACGCUUUUUGUUAUUAAAACACAGGGGCUUCAUUUUAAAUUCCAUAUUUAUGUAUCUUGAUUUUUUUUUGACAAUUCUGUGUGCACUUGCCUAGCCAAAAGUAAUAUGGACAUCAUGUUUCUUCUACAAGAUUGUAGCAUACCUGUCAAAUCUUCAUCUGAUUUCCAUUCAAUGUUUUUUUUUAUUUAUGUAAUGUAUGUUUUAAUAAAAAAAAGUACUUUUGUAACA